UCGACAUCCAUCUGGACAUUGGCCUCGACAUUGCGUCCUGCCGGGCUCUGCUACCACUGCCGCUGCUCGCCAUGGCCGUCUCGACGCCCGAGUUCCUUCUGCGGCUCAUUGUGUUUGUGCUGGUGUUUGACCUCUCGUCCGUCGCCGUCAAUCUGGCCCAGUUCGUUGUCCUGCCGCUCGCGCUUGUGCCAGCCACAAAGCUCAUCUACCGCCUGUGCAUCCGGGAGUCCCAGCGAUUGUGGGUGACAUGCAUGCUUUCCGUGCUUGCGCUGCUGUCCCCUGUCGAGCUCGUCUUGACUGGCGACUGGGAGGCCUGGAGGACCGACUCCCUGCACCCCGGCGACUCGGUCGUGAUCGCCAACCACCAGAUUUACACGGACUGGAUGUACUUGUGGGCCUGGGCGCAUCUGCGCAAUGCCCACGGCGACGUCAAGAUUGUCCUCAAAAGAAGCCUCAGAAACAUACCGGUUGUAGGAUGGGGAAUGCAGUUCUUUGAGUUCAUCUUUUUGAAGCGCAAGUGGGCAGAAGACCGCGAUGAACUCGUAAGCUCUCUCGAGCGGGCUCGCCGCGAUCCACUCCCGACCGAGCUCAUCUUCUUCCCUGAGGGCACCGUAAUCACCUCCGACACCUCCGAAAAGUCGAGAAGUUACCACGCCAAGGCCGGAUAUCCAUGGGAGCAUCCUCGAUUCGUCCUCGUCCCCAGGAUUACGGGCUUGUGGACCAGCCUGAACGCUCUCCGGGGGCAAGGUACGCGGACCGCCACCAGCACCGCUGGUCGUUCAAAGGCACCCCUCCGUCAUCUCUACGACUGCACCAUCGUCUACGACGGCAUCAAGCCGGGCGACUGUCCCUACGACAAAUACCCGAUCCUCGACGUUUUCCUCAAAGGCACCGGUCCGGCCAGGGUCUUUAUCCAUGUCAGUAGAUUCGAGGUCGCGUCCAUCCCUGGCUUCACCGAAGCCGAGUCCCGCGACUCUCUUGAGGACGGCGAGAGUCGCUUUUCCGAGUGGCUUCUCGGCCGAUUCCAGGACAAGGACAAGCUGAUAGAGCACUUCCACGCCACCGGCCAGUUUGUCGAGAACCCUGGACGCUCGCUCAGAAUCCCGGUUGCGCCGUCGCUCUCCGACGCUCUCAAGCUGGUCGCACUGAUCGUCACUGAGGCAGCGCUCGCAUGGCUUGCGUUUCGAGCCGCUCGCUCUGCGUGGUAGCAGCGCUGCAUCUGAUUCAUCUCCAAGCAUGCUACGUAAUGACCGAUUCAGCAGCAUUACCAACAUCAUGUUAUGACACUGUCUAUCCAUAUCCAAAGAUGGCGUCGCUGCUCGCGAUCUUGGUCAGCGUCACGGUUCAGGCUAUUGUCAUGCCCAGGUCUUAUCGCCCAUGAACACCAACCGAAGCCUUAGCAGCCCCCCCCCAGCUCCCACAGCGACGACCAUCUGCUUCGAACUCCUGAAUACACAUUCUAUUCUCGGGCAGUGCCAUCCACAAC